ACACAAACCCAAAAGACUUUGAACUCAAAUUCGUGGGUCGUUCCUAGUCGUUUCCGCGUUAAAUCCUUUUGCCCUUUCUCUGAUCUCUUCUUCUUCGCAUUGAUUUGGUCCUCUUCUGCAAUUCAUUAAGAACCCAAUCUUCAUUUCUUCUUUUUCUCUCUACUCCACUUCUUCGCUCAUCCAGGAACGUUUAUUAAUUAGUUAGCAAUCCUCCAAGUGUUCGUUUUUCCGAAGCAACAAGUUCUGUGAUAUUACUUUGAAAGAGAAUGUUUGGUUUGAGGAAAUCACCGGCAAAGCUUCCCAAGCAUAACUCGGUUGAUCCUGGAUUUCAAAAGUUUUCCAAGCCGAAUCCGUUUGAUUCAGAUGAUGAACUGGACAACAAACACACCCUUAACCCUUCGAAGAGGACGUCCUCUGAACCCUCUUUGGCUGAAAUGACAAACCCUUUUGAUGCUGAGGAGGUUGAGAAAGGAUAUAGCUCAUCGAAACAGUCGUUGACUUCCAACUCCAGAUAUCAGUACAAGAACAAUUUCCGAGAUUCAGGAGGUAUUGAAAACCAGUCGGUUCAGGAGCUUGAGGGUUACGCUGUGUACAAGGCUGAAGAGACGACGAAAUCUGUACAGGGUUGUCUCAAGGUAGCAGAAGAUAUAAGGUCAGAUGCUACCAGAACUUUGGUCAUGUUGCACGAGCAGGGCGAGCAAAUCACAAGGACGCACCAUAAAGCUGUUGAAAUAGAUCAUGAUCUCAGUCGAGGUGAGAAGCUUCUUGGAAGCCUUGGAGGUAUGUUUUCAAAGACUUGGAAGCCAAAGAAGACUCGCUCUAUAGAUGGUCCAAUCAUAACUAGAGAUCACUCACCAACGAGAAGAGUUAACCACUUGGAGAAAAGGGAAAAACUGGGACUGAACCCGGCACCGAAAGCACAAUCAAGAACCCGAGAACCGCUCCCUGAAUCAGCUGAUGCCUAUCAGAAAGUGGAGAUGGAGAAAGCUAAGCAAGACGAUGGGCUUUCGGAUUUGAGUGAUCUACUGGGCGAGCUAAAGAACAUGGCAGUUGACAUGGGAAGUGAAAUCGAAAAGCAGAACAAAGGACUUGAUCAUCUUCAUGAUGAUGUUGACGAACUCAACUUCAGAGUCCAACAAUCUAACCAACGGGGCCGCCGUUUGCUCGGGAAGUAGAUGAACAGAGAUAUUAUGUUGCACUCUCUACCUCUUUCGUUUGAUCUUGUUCCUUAAAAACCCAAACGGUUCUUAUCAUGUUAUAUACCUUUUUACUCUAUGUUGUAUUUGAUCUUAAAACCAAAAAAUUCACGUUUGUCCAGGACACAAGCAAUUUUGCUGUUGUUCUUCUGUAUCAGAAAGAUUUCUUUAGAAACUCUGACAAUAGAUUAAUAAUAA